AUGCGCUUUUUCGCACCCAUCGCGCUUCUCGCGGCCACUGCAUGCGCGGCGCCUUCCAAGAGAUCGGUCACGUGCGAGUUUCCUACCGACGAAGGCCUAGUUGAAAUUACGCCCACUCUGCUGAACGCCGGCUGGGCGCUUUCGCCCGACCAGGAAUGCAGUGCCGGCUCGUACUGCCCCUACGCGUGUCCGCCCGGCCAACUCAUGAACCAAUGGGACCCGGAGUCCACCUCGUACACGACCUCCGAGUCCCAGAAUGGAGGCUUGUAUUGCGAGUCUGACGGCUCGUGGUCCAAGCCCUUCGACCGCUCGUUUUGCACCAAUGGCACGAACACCGUGUACGUGGACAACAGCGCCAGCGACAUGGUUGCCUUUUGCCAGACCGUGCUUCCUGGAAACGAGGCCAUGCUCAUCCCCACCAGCGUAGGUGCAGGCGACCUCCAGGUUUUGGCUGUUCCUUCCGAAGACUACUGGGCGUCCACGGCGGCCCACUACUACAUCAACCCGUUGGGCGUGUCCACGGACGAAGGCUGUGUGUGGGGCUCCAGCGACAACCCGUACGGAAACUGGGCGCCAUAUGUGGCCGGGGCCAAUACUGACAGCGACGACAACACGUACGUGAAGAUCGGCUGGAACCCCAUUUACAUCGAGACGUUCACGGACUUGCCCAGCUUCGGGCUCCGCAUCACGUGCGAGGACGAAAGCGCGUGCAACGGCUUGAGCUGUGAAAUCGACCCUAGUGUGCUGGGUUUCAACGGCGUGUCUUCUGACGAUGCGGCCGUGGCCGACGGAGCCGCCUACUGUAUUGUGACCACUACCAACUUGGCCGUCGCUAAGAUCGAGGUGUUCGAAGUAUAG